AUGGAGGAAGUAUCGGGGCUGCUGGGAGGGAAAUGGACGACAAAAGACGUGAGAGAAUGGGGAUGCAUUGGCACAGAAGGCGAGACGCUGGGGUCGCACGUUGUAGAGAUCUUAAAGGUUGUAGAUGGAGCUGCAACAGACUUCGCCGGCUCGUUGAAGACAAGAAAGGAGAGAAGCAGCCGGAUAGAUGAUGAUAUUCAGUUAUCAGAACAUCUCCGGAAAGAUUACGCGGUGGAGCAAAAGGCUGUAACGUCUCCAAAGAAGAAUGUGGUCAUGUAUUCGGACUACUACGAGGAGAAGGACGAUCCGGCUGUAACUUUGGGGCAGCGCUCCAUCUCAUUGGUGAGUACCCGCUCCAUUGUUCCGUAG